AUGCUACUAUUACAUUCGUUACUUCUAUCACCUACAGGACAAAUUUUAGCAAAUUUAAAAGCACUUGAUUCGGAUUAUUUUGCUAAAACAUAUCUUAAUCGUUCAUCAAAGGUUGGUGAAAUUCCGCUUGAAAAGUUUAAUACAUGGGGAGGAUCAUUAAGUAUCGGCCACCCAUUUGGUGCUACCGGUGUUCGACUUGUGACUACGGCUGCUAACCGAUUAAUUAAAGAAAAUAAACGUUAUGCAUUGUUAGCUGCUUGCGCUGCUGGUGGUCAAGGCCACGCAAUGUUAAUCGAACGUUAUCCAUGA